AUGAACAAAGAAAACACAGAAGAUAAUGAAAUUCAGAACUACAUUUUCAGUUUUGUACCCAAAAUAAGUUCAGGGUUAGAUCACUAUGCAUGUGUUGGAUAUUUAAAGAACAAACCAACUGUAUAUUGUUGGGGUGGAAAUUCAUGUAAUCAGUUAGGGGUUGGGAUCAAUACACGAUAUUGCAAAAGACCUACUGCAGUUUCAUUUUUUGAAGAUUUCUAUGUUUCAUCUGUAUGCUGCACUUAUUAUUGUACCCAUGUAUUGGCUAAAAAAAAUGCAUCUGAUGUUGGAUGUUCAGUUUAUUCAUUUGGAAAAGGAAACAAUGGGUUGUUAGGUUUUAGAAAGAAAAGAAAUUUGAUUCCAUUACAAGAGGAGGAUAUUCAUUUGAAUGAAAAAAAUAAACACAUGAGAAAGUUCAACAAUAAGGCCAAUAAAACUCUGUUAGAUGCAUUUGGGAUUAACCAGAAAAAAAAGGAAUCUUUUUCUUCUGGUAACGUCGACAGUUUACUGGAUUUUGAUGUCAGCCAAAUUUCCAGUUCUCCCGAUGAGGACGAUCAGGGGAGUGCAACCGAGACCUCAGCAGAUGGAAGGAGAAGUAGAACCGACACUUCAGCAGAUGGAAGGAGAAGCAAAACCGACACCUCAGCAGAUGGAAGGAGAAGCAAAACCGACACCUCAGCAGAUGGAAGGAGAAGUAGAAACGACACCUCAACAGACGGUCAUCCCCACUUUGAUCCUGUUACAAAAAAGCAUAUUUCAAAGCAGAAGGAGCAAGGUGAAGAAGAAACUGUACCUGACAACACUAGGGAAGGGGAAAAAAAAGGUAGACAAAAAAUGGAAGAACAUAAGGAAAAGAACAAGACAAGAGCGAAAAGAAUGAAGAAUGAAAAUUAUUAUAAAGUUCGAAAUGAUCUAAAGGAAGAGAAGGAAGACUGGUUUACCCCAAUGCCUAUAAAAGUGAAAUUUCCAGAACGUGUAAAAAUAAAAUUCAUUUCAUGUGGAGAUAUGCACACGUUAGCAAUUUCGACGAAUGGUAUUUUAUACGGUUGGGGAUAUAACAACUUUGGAUGUGUUGGGAAUGGAUGUAACAAAAAUGUGUACGAGCCGGUUCGUAUUUUUUUUCGAAAAAGAAGGUUACAUAGUGACGAGGGGAAAAUGGUGAUAAAUAACACUGAGUAUGGUAAGAGUAAUAAAUUAAGGAAAUACCAUGGGAGUAGUUCUCCCUUUCUGGAUGAACAUAAAGAAGAUGUAGUUAUUCAUUGUUCUGCAGGAGGAAAGCAUAGUUUAGCUUGCACCUUACAAGGGGACAUGUACAGCUGGGGAUAUGGAGGGAAUGGAAGGUUAGGACUUGGAAAUAUUCGAAGUUAUAAUAAACCUCAACUGAUAAGAAGAUUGCAAAAUAGAAAACGAAUAAUUUAUGUGUGUUCUGGAAAGUCUCAUUCAGGAUGUAUAGAUGCAGAUUAUAAUGUAUACACUUGGGGAAAUGGGAAAUUUUUUAAACUUGGGCAUGGAGAUGAUAAUGAUGUAUUGGUUCCAAAAUUUGUUGAGUUUUUAACUUGUUCCAAUAAAAUAUUUAUGUUAAGUUUUGGAACUUUUAAUUCACUAGCUCUUAGUGUAAAAGGAGAUGUAUUUAUAUGGGGUUCUUUUACCUUAAAAAACAAAAAAACGGGUUCUUCUUCGUAUACAUCUAAGAUACCUAAAAUGAUAAACAGUAAUUAUAAGUGUAUAUCUGUACAUGCAUCUAUUUACAUUGUUCUUGCAAUCACGAUUGUUGGUGAUCUAAUAAUGUUAGGAGAUACUGAUGAGGCAUUAGUAGGUAGAGGACACAACAGCUACUUCAAUGUUGUGGGAGAAAAUAAUCAUAACAGUGAAUCCGAUUCUGAAGACAGUAAUGCACAAGUACUGAAUCAGAUGAUUAGAAAGGAAAAAAAAAGCUCGAUUAAUUAUUAUGCAAGUCUGAAAAAUGAAUUCCCCAUUAGGUAUGUUAAAGAAUUACGUGGAAAGGUACAUGUAAAAGAUAUUUUGAACCUUUUUUACAAAUUAGAAAAAUUCAACUCCUACCCAGGGGAUUAUACAUAUCAGCAAGUCUACCACCACAAUCAUAUGCAGAGACUGAAUGAUGCUUCCUAUUAUGACAUAGAAGGAAUACAAAAGGGUGUCGAACCAUAUGGAAUAUUAAGAAAAAACCAAUUGGUGAUAAGAUCAAAAGUAAAAAUGAUUGAAGGAAGUGAACAUUUCAGUAUGUUUCUACUACAAAGUGGGAAGGUAUAUGCAUCUGGAUUCAACAAAGAUGGAGAGUUGGGAAAUGGUGAAAACAAUUUAAAAAAGAAAUUUGCAACCCCUGUACUGAUAGAAAUAUGUGUAAACAAAAUUGUAAAAAUUGCAUGUGGUUAUAACUACACAUUAGUAUUAAGUGAUAAAGGAUUUAUAUACGGAUGGGGAAAAAAUGACAAAAGUCAGCUUGGAAUUGGAGUUCUUAAGGACACUUACGAACCUGUACAUUUGAAAUCCAUGAGUAAGGUCAUAGAUAUAUAUGCAGGACAUGAUCACAGUGCAUGUAUAGUGAACAGUUCCUUUGAGGAAGUGGAUACUGAGAAGGUAGAUAAUGAAGAAGAUGUAGAUGAUAUUCCACCCCUUCAGCAUGGAAUUUUAUAUACCUGGGGAAAUGCUGAAAGUGGAAAAGUAGGACUUGGAGUGGAUUACACCCAUGGUUCCAUUUUACUACCUCGUAGAAUUAAUACAACAAAUAAGAUACACAAAUGUUCUCUAGGGAUAAAUCAUAGUUUAUUUUUAAGUGACAGUAACGAAUUGUAUGCAUGUGGAAGUGCAAAUAAUGGGAAGCUAGGAAUAAUAGACGAAAAGAUGAAUUAUAUGGUAUGUUCCCCGAGGAGAGUAAAUAUAGAUCCAAAUAUAUACAUUAAAGAAAUAAUAGCUGGAUCGACUUUUAGUAUCAUAUUAUCUACUGAUGGGUAUAUUUACAUAUGGGGAGAAUUUAUAAAAAAUCGAAUCUCUUAUGAAUAUCCAACUAUGUAUACUGAAAUUAUUAAUGUGAAACAUAUCAUCGGUGGUAGAGAUAAGCACAUUUUUUUUCUUACAUAUGAUAACAAAUUAUUUGGAUUAGGAAAUAAUACAUAUAUGCAAAUUCUACACGAGCAGAAAGAAACUUCCAUAUAUGAGAAACCUAAACUAAUUUCAUACUUCCUGGACGGAAAUGUAAUAGAAAGUGCGUAUUCUUUUAAAAAUGCCUCUUUCGUUCAACUAGCAAAAAAUCAUGAUAUAUUUGCAUGGGGUUAUACUUCUAACUGUCACUUAGGUAUUGGCUUGACAAAUGUGACAUAUUUGAAGCAUCCAAAGAAGGUUGUGAGGAGCUGGGUAACAUACGAAGAUUGCGAAAAUGGAGAAAGUGGAGAAUACGCUGCAGAAGCUAAUAUUGGAAAUUUAAUAAAUAGUCUAAAUCCUACAGCAGCAUCCAAUAUGCGGGAAGAACUUUUGGACGAAUUCCAAUUGGUUAGGAAAAGGAUCUUAAAGAGAGAUCGAUUUGAAAAUGAUUUGGUAUAUGCAAUUCCUUACUACCAAGAAGAAAUAGAAAAAUUGAUAUAUCAAAUACAAAUAAUGCCACAAUAUUUAAAUUGGGAAUAUAUCCAAGUGCUUUUAAAAAGGGAAAAUUAUACCAACAGCAUUGGUUUUAUACGAUCCUUUGAAAAGGACCUAAUAGAUAUAUACAAGAAGCAUGUUAAAUUUCUACUCAAUUUGCAUUCAUUUGAGAGACAGUAUAACGAUCUGCAUCUAAAUUAUCAGAAUUAUGUGCUCGCUAACAUUUCUAUGCUAGAGGAAGAACGGCCAUCCAUUAUGUAUUCUAAUUACACACAUGUUUUAGAUAAUAACAGAGAUAAACUGCAAAGUUUCGUGUACAUUCUGCAGCAACAGCCGCUGUAUCUUACAUUAUUGUGUCUCAUUCAUAAUUCUAAGAAUGUCAAGCAUAUCAAGAGGAUGUCUUACCUGUUUCACAUGGGGAGAGAGCCCAAUGCAUUGAUAUCUGCAUCGGGAGGUGCUUCCAUAUAUGUAGCAGCUCCUGCUGGGGAGGAUGAGUUAGCCAAUGACAAAGGCAUUAAGUUUGCACAAAGUAGGGCUAAGAACCAUUUUGAAUUUGUUCGGAGCUACUUAAACCACAUCUACGACUACGACUCGUACAAUGUGGUGUCUAGAUGCAGACAGAACUGCCAUGAAUAUGAAAACCAAAAGACAGAAAAAAUUAGAGAGAAGUAUAACUUUUAUAGAAACAGCACGUUCAUUUUGUGUUCUUUCAUAUUCGAUCUAUACUAUGAUUUGAGAAACGAUCGAAUAAGAAACAUUUUUACAAUUUUUCUAAUAAAACUUGGGAUUGAGGAAAUUAACAACUGCUUGCAUAUUGAGUCUUUGUUCAGAAUAGAAACAUCCGUUUUUUUUCUUCUCAUCAAGAUGCUGUUUAUGAAGAAUGACAUUUUGGUCAGUUUUGCACACAGUCUAGCCGACAUGACCAACCCCAAUUCCUUUGUUCGUUUGUUGGAUGGAUUAUCUCACUGUGUUCGUGAGGAUGUAGCUAGCCGUUUGGAAUUUCCAGAAUCGGUGGUUCCAAAAAGAGAAGAUUUGAUAAUGAAAGAAGCACAUGAAUCGAUGGCAACCAAGAUGACGGAUUCUAACAUGAUUCUGGAAAAUACCUUACCAAGGAACGCACCAGUAAAAAAUACAUCAUUGAAGGGAAGAGUUGAUCAUAUCACCAAUGAUCUGGGGAAAGACUCUUACAGGAAUCGCUUCAUAGAAGAGGAGGAUACCCAAAUGGAGAAGGAAUUCUUGAAGUUUAUAAAGGGAAAAACACAAGAAAAGACAGAUUCAGUGAAUCUAACUGGACAGCAUCUACAGAAGGAUGAAGAUGAUAGCCUUGGAUUUUACAACAAUUUUGAUGAACAUAUGAAGGAGUAUCCAUUGUCAGCUUCACCUGUUGUUGAGGUAGAUAAGUAUCGAAAUGAAAGCAUUGCUAGUAGGAGAGGUAAUCCAAAAGAUGUUUUAAUCGAAGUAGAUAUGGUUCAUGUGUUUAGGGAAAUGUGCAAAUUAUUCAGAAAAAUACAAUUCCCAGAAAUGUUUAAAAUUAUAAUAAAAAACGUUUUUAAAUACUUUUGCAUAUAUGAAAGGAAUGUAAAUAAAGAGAGUAUGUUAGAAAAUAAAAUUUUUUACUUCAACAAUGAACAUUUUGUAUAUGUACCAUUCUAUCAUUUGUUAUUAAUGGCUAUCCUGAAUCCAAUGAUAACAAGUAUGAACAAGAUGGCAGAAAAGUUCUACUUCCCUUUGAUUCCAUCACAUAUUACAAGCAUAUGUGACAGAAUAUCUAAUUUUAUAGAAGUUCUUUAUUUAAAUAAAUAUGAAUCUUUAGCAAGUUAUAACUUAAAAGAAAAUUUAGUGUCCGUCAAAUUCAUUUUUGAAAAUACCUUCAAUGUGCUUGUACAAAUCACAAACAAUUUAUGCAAAACCGAUGAAGAUGUAUACCUCAAUGUUUAUAUCAAUUUGUUUCACUACCACUUGUGUAGUAUCCCUUCUUAUGUUAACUUGAAACUUUUUCAGCUGUGCCAUGUUUUCAAUCUCUUCUUUAGAUUUCAAAAUUAUUUGUCUCUUUCGUUUAGUGAUCCCCUCAUAGAUAUAGUAAAUUUUUUCUACAAAAGAAAGGCGGACUCCACGGGUGCAUGGGACGAGGCAGGCACGGAAAAAAAUGGGACCGAGAAAAAUGGGACCGACAAAAAUGGAACCGACAAAAAUGGGAGAGGCAAAAAUGGGAAAAGCAAAAAUGGGAAAAGCAAAAAUGGGAAAAGCAAAAAUACUAUUCAGAAGUUUCUACUGAAGUCAAGCGGUGGUGACAGUGAUGGGAGUGAUGGCCGAGCCAAGGAACGAAUCAAGAAAAGGAGUACUAAUAGGACAGAUGGAAAUGGGAAGAAGAAGAAGAAGCUGAUUUUCAGCGAAUCCGAAAUUAACCUCUUUGUAAAAUGCAAACUUGUGUAUAGCAUCGAACUUGAUAUUCGAUUUUUAAUAAAGGAAAAAAACAUGAGUAUCUGUGAAUUCACUAGGAUCCCAAUGCCACAAUACAUGUGCUAUCGUAAAAAGACACGUAUAAAAAAUAAUGAGUAUUUAUUUUCUAUAAUUGAAGAAUUUAAACAUAAAAAGGAUAAAAUUUUUGUAGUGUGUGAAUGCUUAAGGGGAUGUCCGAUGCUAGAGAAUUGCACAGAAACGUCUAAUUUAAUUUUGAAAUUAAGAUCUUUAAGAACAUAUUUUAUGUCUCUAGACAAUCAGAAGGAAACAAAUUUAGUUCAUCUAAUCGACAAAACAGUUGAAAUAUUGUUAUCAAAUGAGAUGUCUUAUGUGGAUUUCGUGGAAAAUUUACCCCCGAAUUUAUAUACACAUAAAUUUAAAAAUGAACAAAUUGAAAAAACCAGGAGAGAAAAAGAAUAUUUACAUAUGUUACAAAAUUCAUAUGAUAAACAUUCAUUUUUUCAAAACAAGUGGAGAAAUAUAGCUAUGCAAAUAUGCCUGAAUAUGCUAGAAAAAAAAAAACAUGUUAAUUAUUUAAAAAAAUUACAUGAACGGCAAGAAAAAAUCGAACAAUUAAUUUUUGCAUACCAAUUUAAAUUAAAAAAUAAUAUUCAAAUAAUAAAAAGAGCACUAAUAUUUGUAUCCAAAUUAUUGAUUGAGAAACCGAUACUUAUUCAUGCAACUCAUUUUCAAAAAAAUCUCUUCUUUAUAAAAUUAAAACGAGAUAAAGAUUUCAGACGAACUCAAAGAAACAAUUAUCUAAUUACAUAUAACACCUCAACAGUUCAUAUAUAUCCCAUGAUAAAAUUAAUUCAAAAUGGUUCUAUUACCAAUAUUAACGAGAUAAUUCACCCUCUUGUCGAUUUCUUAUCUAUAGAACUCUCCUUCGAUAUUGACCUUGUUCUUAAGCUUAAUUUGGUCUUAAUCAAAGGUGCAGAAAAGAAGAUCAUCAACUCUCACACAUUUCGCAGCCAAGACAUCUACAACAUCUACAACCAUUCUCCAUUCAUUUCAUAUCCCCUUUUCCCUUAUAACAAGGACAAUUUGUGUGCAAUCCGGGGACUCAGCUUUGUGCACUUGUUGCACGACUUGGUUGUAGACUUGUUCUAG